AGAUUAAGUAUAAAACCGGCAAAUAUCGAUUCCUAUUGUAUCAGUUUAAAAACAACUUUUGCUUAAAGCAUACACAACAUAUAUCAAUAAGUUAAAAUAACGUGAAGUAGAGCAUCCACGAAUCUAUAGACACAAAAUAAUCGAGAGAAAUUAGAUAGAAAAAAGAUUAUAGUAUAAUAAUAACAGAACAUAAGACUACAGCAAAGAACAACAAAGAAAGGGGAAAGAAGGAAAAGUAAAUCUUAUAAGAAUGUCAUUACCGCCAACAUUUGUGGAAGGAUUUCAUUAUGAAGACCAAGUUAGACGAAUGGAAUAUCGUCAACUGGGUAAAACUCAUAUGUUGGUAUCAAAAAUAAGCAUUGGCGGUGGAACUUUGUGUGACAUGGCAUACGGUAUUUUAGAUUUUGAUGAAGCCAAACGUACUGUCAUUGAGGCAUUACGAAGAGGAAUUAACUAUAUUGACACAGCCGUAUAUUAUGGUGAAGGACAGUCAGAGAGCAAUAUUGGGAAAAUAUUGAAAGAAGUUCCUCGUGAAGCAUAUUAUAUUGCAACAAAAACAUGUCGUUUCGAGAGAGCAGGACCAAAUCAGUUUGAUUUUGGCUAUGAACGAACCAUAAAAAGUGUUGAUGAAAGUAUGAAGCGACUCGGUGUUGAUUACAUAGACCUUUAUCAGCUUCAUGACGUUGAGUUUGCUGAUAAUAUUGAUGAGGUCAUUAAUGGAGCUUUCAAGGCGUGCUUGGAAUUAAAGCAAAUGGGAAAGAUACGAGCAAUUGGAAUUAAUGGAUAUCCAUUGAGCGUCUUAAAGGAAGGUAUAUGUAAAGGGGAUGGGAAACUUGAUACCGUUUUGACUUAUUCUCGUUAUGUUCUUACUGACGAUUCACUCCUUGAAUAUUUACCAUUCUUUAAUGACAUGAAUGUCGGAGUUAUAUGUGCAGCCGUCCAAGCUAUGGGAUUAUUAACAAACAAUGGUCCCCAAGCUUGGCAUCCAGCAAACGAUGAAUUGAAAGCUAUAGCAGCUGAAGCAUCAGAAUUUUGUAAAUCAAAUGAAGUUCAAUUGGGAAAAUUGGCAGCAUAUCAUUCAAUGAAUAUUCCCGGGAAAGUUGGUACAUUUUUAAUGGGUAUGGAGAAAAUGGAAUAUUUAAAUCACAAUCUGAGUGCAAUGCUUGAUGGUCUCAACGUGAAGGAAAUGAAUGUUUAUAAAACUUUAAUGAACAGUGUCUUCUCGAAGGUUAAGAAAGAAAUUCAACAUUGGGAAGGAUUUGAGGUCUCACGGUACAGAAACGAAAAGAAAACAUGGCAAAAACAUUAAGAAUUAAUUCAUUUUCUGUAUGAUAAAAUAUGUCAGAAAAGACCUAAAUAAAUAAAGUUCAUGUAUAUGCAAAUUACAA